CUUCGACACUUGUCAAAGUUUGAAGGGAAAAGCAGGAUGUGUUUUCGGUAGCAAGUAUUUAAACCAAGCAAAAUGACUGUAAAGUUUAACAGUGAGUUCAAUUUCGUCACAUAUUUCAAUGAAAGUGUAGCAUUUUUAAGUCAACAUAGCUGGAUUUUUGAGCAAUCGAAUACCAAAUUUGUUCAAAAUGGAACUCUAGAUCGAAUUCCAGCUGAGUGGUCAGCCGACUUGGAAAGUGCCUCCAACGAUGAAUUUAACAAAAUUCCACUAGGAUAUUUAAACGAAAACUGGAGUCAUAGUUUUAGACAGUUUCUACAGAGCUGUUUCGGCUUAUACGUUAAUUAUGAACUGUUUAGUGGAAGCAAAGAAACACGUGCAACUUUAAAGGGUGUUGGUCCAAAAAAGAUGCACGAAAUCAGCAACUUAACAGCACUUAUAAAGGAUGUUUGCUCACAGGAUGAAAUCUUGCUCGAUUUUGGAUCUGGAUUGGGAUAUUUGAGCCAAAAUUUGAACCAAAAGCACGAUUUCAAGGUUUUGGGCAUCGAAGGAGAUGAAUACCGCGUUCAGACAAGUAUUCAGCGACAACAGCAGCUGUUUCCGAACUCAACGAGCAAGGUAAAGUUCGUCCAACACUUCAUUGAGACUGAUUCGUUUGAGCUCAUUCAACAAACAGCUGUGGCAAAGCUAGGCAAUAGUAUUGACCAGAAUUACACCAUAAUUGGACUGCAUUCCUGUGCAGACCUCUCAAUCACCGCCAUCAAAAUGUUCCUCACCCACAAGCCAGUAACGAAACUCGUUAUAAUGCCUUGCUGUUACCACAAACUGAAGCCUGAAAACGAAGAAUGCACUUCGUUCUCGAACAUCCCACUGAGUGACCAGCUUCGUGACGCCAUAGCACAGUUUCCAAACUUCCUGGGCAGACCAUUUCUUCGACUUGGAUGUCAGCAAACUUCGGCCAGGUGGGCUAAUUUGACCGAACAUGAGCAUGAAACCCACGGAAAGGCCAUGUUCGAGCGAAGCCUUUUGGAGGCCAUCUUGAGCGAGGGGGAAACAGUAACGGUGAAUAAGGCCAAUCGCAACUCUAGGGAUGUUUUGGAAAGGUUAACAGUUCAAAGAGAAGGCCAAGAUUGGAGUUGGAGCGAUGAACAUCGUGAAAAAUUGGAGAUUUGGAUGGAAAAGUAUCCUCAAGGGAGCGAGUUGGCAGCGUAUUUGACUUGUUUGCAAACCUGUUUGCAGUCGUUAUGCGAAAAUCUCAUCCUACUCGAUCGAAUGUGUUACCUAAAAGCCAAAUCAUCGAAACGUGACUUAACUAUUCGGACUGAUUUGAUCAAACUCAGCAAUGACCAUCUUUCACCUCGUUGUUUUGUGAUUGUAGCAGAAAAAAAUACGAAUCAAUAAA